UGCAUGCCUCUGGCGGCAUCCCACGUUUAAAACGAAUGAAUGAUUCGAAGGUAAUAAGACGUUAAUCAUUUUUGACGGAAAAACGUAAUUGGAUGAUACGGAACAGAGGCUUAAUAGAGAGGAGUGACACAAUGAUGUCAAAAACGAGUUGGAUAUUGCUGGCGAUGGCUCUGCACUAUUUCGGUCCCGUCACAACUAGACUGCUGCAGCCAAACAAGAGGGCCCUCAUAGACGAAGAGAGCCUCCUUUCCUACGACAGACCGAGCCACGUGAAUAACUAUUUGACAUUCCUAAGCAGACUCUCCAAAAAGAACAUCAUCCUUCCUGAAAAUGACCGCACCCCACCGGACACUCACAGUCCCAAGAGGGACAACAGGAAGUUCCAGACGCAAGGAUGGCGUUGACAUUCUUCUAAGUAUAGGAAAUAACUUUCAUUUUAUGUACGAAACAUAACUGACGAUAACAUGUUUAAUAAAAGGAAGUACUUUGAAAUAA